AAAUUUUGUAUUGAUAUCAUCUCAGAAAUAAAACCUCUUCUUUACAUUUUCUGUCCAAUCUCCUUUCUAACCAUAUUUAUUGAUACUCCACGUUCACUUCACAGUUCACACCACACACUAGUACCAACUCAUAACACUCUCUCUUCCCUCCUUUUUUUCUCCAUUUCUUUCUCUCUAUUAUCCACACCCAACUUUUCCUUCACCAUGAAUCAAUAGAUAUAUUUAUAUAUAUAUAUUAUGGCGUAUCACAACCAAGACAACCCACUCCACCAUUUCACAGAACAACAACAACCAACCUCCGAUCCUCACCACUCUUUCCAAACUGCACCUAACUGGCUCAACAACGCCCUUCUUCGCAACCUCGACACCAACGUCAACGCCACUGCCACCAACAACAACAACGGUUCCCAAUCCUCCGGUCAAUGGCUCUCUCGUCCUAUCCUCCACCGAAACCAUAGCGAAGUCAUCGACGACGUCACCGGCGCCGGCAUGAAGGCGGAGGAAAGCGGCGAGGCAACGGCGGAGGGAGUGAUGAACUGGCAGAAAGCGAAACACAAAGGUGAAAUAAUGGCGCACCCGUUGUAUGAACAGCUUCUAUCAGCACACGUGUCGUGUUUAAGAAUCGCCACGCCGGUUGACCAGUUGCCCAGGAUCGAUGCUCAGCUGGCAGAGUCGCAGAAUGUUGUUGCCAAGUACUCUGCCUUAGGACAACAGGGCAUGCUUGAUAACGAUGAUAAUAAACAACUCGACCACUUCAUGUCGCACUAUGUUUUGUUGCUUUGUUCGUUCAAAGAACAGCUCCAACAACAUGUCCGAGUCCAUGCAAUGGAAGCAGUAAUGGCUUGUUGGGAGAUCGAACAGUCCUUACAAAGUCUAACAGGAGUUUCACCGGGGGAAGGUACAGGAGCAACAAUGUCUGAAGAUGAAGAUGAGCAAGUAGACAGUGAUGUUAAUCUGUUUGAUGGAGGUUUGGAUGGUUCAGAUAAUAGCAUGGGAGGAUUUGGUCCUCUUGUUCUAACAGAGAAUGAGAGGUCCCUCAUGGAACGUGUAAGACAUGAAUUAAAGCAUGAGUUGAAACAGGGUUAUAAAGAGAAAAUUGUGGACAUAAGAGAGGAAAUUUUACGCAAGAGACGAGCUGGAAAACUUCCUGGUGACACAACCUCAGUACUUAAAGAUUGGUGGCAAUCACAUUCAAAGUGGCCUUAUCCUACUGAAGAGGAUAAGGCAAGGUUGGUGCAAGAAACCGGGUUGCAAUUGAAACAGAUCAAUAACUGGUUUAUCAAUCAAAGGAAGAGGAACUGGCACAGCAAUCCUUCAACUUCUAAUGCAUUGAAGAGCAAGCGCAAGAGUAAUGCAGGUGAUAAAAGUACCAAGCUCGAGAACCAAAACCUUAUAUCAUGGUGGCAGCAGAUCCAACAAAGUAAAUGAUCGGUGAAAAAAGAAUUACAUUUUGCUUCUGAUCAAGGAACAGAGUUAAAACUGAGAUGAGGAAGCUUGAAGGCCUGCAGCUGCAGCACCUAGGAUGCAACAAAAUGAAAAAGUUUAUAUAUAUAUCUUUUAUCUCUGAAAAUAAGAUGUUUCUUAAAGUAGUUCUUUAAUAUUUUUUCAGUCCCAAUAUUUAACAAAUUAUCGUCUUUUUCCUUUCAAAAAAUAAAAUAAAAAUUAACGUCUUUA